AUGUUUGCACAAUUAGAAAAUGUUUACCCUGAAAAAAAUAAAAAUGUUCUUUUUAAAUCAUGGGAUGAGGCUGAAAUAAAAAAGGAAUCUGUUGAAAGCAGUUCAAUAUUGAUUAAAUUGCUGGAUGAAGAUACUGAUUUGUAUAAGCUUGGGUGUUUGCUAUACGAAAAUUACACUGCUGCAAAAUUGUUAUAUAUUUAUAAGAAUUAUAAUAAUAUUUGUGAUUUUUUCAAAGAAUGGUUGAAUAAAAAAAUAAGUGUAUACAGAGAGAAAAACAAAUUAUGUAGCAAGAACAAAUUACUAGAUAAUAGAUUGAUGGCUUUAUGGGAAGAAAAAAUAAAUGCUCAGGCUGAUGAUGAUAAUGAUCAAAGAAAUUGGUGUAUAUGGGAACCAUCUACUGAAUAUUACUGUUAUCAUUUUGAAAUUAAAAAAUUUUUAUUUGAUAAAAAUUAUAGGAAGACCUUAAUAAGGUAUUAUAUGCAGAAAUUAAUUUACUUUAGACGUAGAGAAUAUUUUUCAUUAGAUUCAGAAAGCAAUAUUAUUAAUAUGUUUUAUCCCUGUGGAAAUAAUUAUUAA